CUCCAGUCGGCGAGGUAUAUAAGUGCGGCUCAUUUGCCGGAGAAGCCAGAUUGCUCACUCGCAAAUCACAAAACCCUAUCAGCACCAUGUUCAAGCUCGUUGCCUUCGCCGCCCUCCUGGCCGUCGCCAGCGCUGGAGUCGUCGCCCCUCUGGCCUACUCCUCCCCCCUGGCUUAUGCCGCCCCCGCCGUCCACGCUCCCGUGGCCUAUGCUGCCCCCGUGGCUUACGCCGCCCCCGCCGUCGUCAAGACCGUUGCCCCCGUCGCCACCUCUUACGCUAACACCUACAAGGUCGCUGUGAAGGCCCCCGUCGUCGCUGCCGCCCCCGUCGCCUACGCUUCUCCUGUGGCUUAUGCCUCCCCCCUCGCCUACGCCAGGCCCGUCGUUGCUGCCGCCCCCGUCGCCUACGGCACCACCCUCCUCCACUAAAGAGUUCCUAUACAGUCAUGUACAUAUAAUUCGUCAUAUUUAUUUUGACUGGCCACUACAACACCUCGUGGUCCAAUAAAAAAGAAAACUGACUCUGAA